AUGGCGGAGGCUCUGUUCUUCCUCUUAAUCGAGCAGAUCGGGACCGCCUUGGCCGAGGAAGCAAUUAAUCACGCCAGUUUCCUGUUCGUGCGGGAGAGAACGAUACUGACGCAGGUCCGGAGCAGGAUGAACCAGAUCAAGAGCGAGUUCGAGGUCAUCCAAGCCUUCUUGAGCCACAUUGGCACGAGGAAGGAGAACGACCGACUCCUGGAAGCCUGGGUGAAGCAGGUAAGAGAGGUGGCAUUCGCAGUGGAGGACACUAUGGACCAGUACAUCUACCUCUUGGCUGAGCGCCACAGAAGAAAGAGCAGGGGCUUCCCGAAGAAGAUCCUCCGCAGGCCUUCUAUCUCCAGGGGCUGGCACAGCAUCGCCGACGAACUGGAGGAGAUCUUGAACAGGCUCCACCACCUGAGGGACAUGAAGGAAAGAUACGGGAUCAAGACAACCAAGGGCGACAACCCGAGUGUGGCCAAUGAGACGCUGCAGAACUUGGCCGACUCCUCCCACUUCAUCGACGACGAAGAGAUUGUGGGGAUAAAGAAGAACAAGAAGCUGCUGGUCCAGUGGUUGCUGGACAGGGAGCCCCACCGAACGGUCAUCGCUGUGUGGGGGAUGGUCGGUCUGGGGAAGACGACGCUGGUUUCCAAGGUCUACAGGAGCAAGAUAAUCAAAGCCCACUUCGACUGCCAUGCCUGGGUCACUGUCUCUCAGGCCUUCCGGGUUGACGGGCUCCUGAGGCGGAUUGUGGGAGAGUUCUUCAAGGAGAAGGAAGGGGUGAUUCCUCAACAUAUCGACACCCUAGGCAGGAGGGAUUUGAUCCAGAUCCUUCACGACUAUUUGGAAGAGAAGAAGUACCUGAUCAUCCUGGAUGAUGUGUGCGGCACAGAUGUGUGGAAUGAGCUCCGAGAUUCAUUUCUGGACAAUGGGCAUGGGAGCAGGAUAAUACUGACGACUCGGUACCAGAACGUGGCAUCGCUGGCCACAAGGAACCGGGUCAUGGAGCUCGAACAUCUGAGUGAAGGGGAGGCAUGGUUUCUGUUCUGUAGGAGGGCAUUCUGGAAGGAUAAGGAGAGGGAAUGCCCUCCGGCGGUGGAGAGCCAGGCCAGGGAACUGGUGAACAAAUGUCAAGGCCUCCCCUUGGCUAUAGUGUCGAUAGGGAAUUACUUGUCACUGAGGCAGAAGAAAGAGAUUGAAUGGAAGAAAGUUCUGGAUGAUAUAAACUGGGUGCUGAAUAAUAACCCGGAGCUGGGUGUGAUGAAGAGCAUUCUGGCGCUCAGCUUGCACGAUCUACCCGAGUACCUAAAGAAUUGCUUUCUCUAUUGCGGGAUUUUCCCUGAAAAUUACCCCAUCAAGAGGAAGAGGCUGAUCAGAUUAUGGGUGGCCGAAGGCUUCAUCAAGAAGAGAGGGAAACGGAGCAUGGAAGAGGUGGCAGAGGACAACCUCAACGAGCUCAUCCAACGAUGUAUGCUUCAAGUCACAGAAAGGAAUGAUUUCGGGAGGGUGAGAGCAUGCAGGAUGAAUGCGAUCAUGCGAGAGCUGGCCCUCUCGAUCUCUGAAAGAGAGGACUUUUACUCUGUGCGUGGACCUACGGAUACAAGUUCAGCGAAUGAUGCCCGCCGACUGUCGGUCCACAGAUGCGGCAGCAAUAUGCAUUUUGACAGAAGAACCAUGCUGCAUCUUCGAUCAUUUAUAUACUUUGAUACCACGAUAUUUCCAAUGAAACUCAGCUUCAAGCUACUAAGGGUCCUAGAUCUUCAGGGGACCCUCCUAGAAAGUGUGCCUGAUGGGGUGUUCACCUUAUUCAACCUAUAUUACUUGGGCCUCAGGAAAACGAGGAUCAGAAAAAUCCCCAAGUCAAUAAAGAGACUCAUCAAUCUGCAAACUUUGGAUCUUGCUUACACUAAGAUAAAGUCGUUGCCAGAUGGCAUCGCAGAAUUGAAGAAGCUCCGACACCUGUUUGUUCACACAAUUGGUGAUCAGACUCACAAGAGUUUCAGUGAAUUUAGUGGCUUCCCGGCCCCAAGAGGGAUAUGGGAUCUCAAAGACCUGCAAACUCUGCAAGGCGUAGAAGCAGGAGGCAAGAUGGUCAGAAAGCUGAAGCAGAUGACCCAACUGCGGAGCUUCAGAAUAAUGAAAGUGAGGGCCAUUCACUGCGGAGAUCUAUCAGCUGCCAUUACCGAGAUGACCCAACUUCACAGACUUGACAUUGUGGCUGCAGAGGAGAAAGAAUCACUCAACAUACAAAGCAUAUCUGUCCCACCUCCACAUCUAGAAAAGCUGACAUUUCGUGCAAAGCUGGAGGUACCUCCCAAAUGGGUUGGCUCCCUUAACAACCUGACUUGGUUGCGGCUAUGUUGGUCUGCACUGAAGGAAGAUCCGCUCCCUUCCAUCUGUAAAUUACCCAACCUGGUCUUCCUUCUGCUUGUAAGGGCAUAUGAUGGACCGAGGUUAGUCUUCCAAGAGGGAUGGUUUCCUAAGCUGAAGGAUCUACGUCUAGUUGAUAUGGACCAUCUGCAGCAACUUGAAAUAGAGAAAGUAGCACUGCCAAAGCUGCGUCAGCUCAAUUUGGUGCGCUGUGGAACACUGAUGGCGGUUCCUCAGGGCAUUUGGUAUCUCCAAAAACUUGAAAUGCUAUACUUGGAAGAGAUGCCACAGGAGUUUGUGGGUACCCUGAGAAGCCGAAACCACGGCAAGGAUGGUCUGUUGAAAAGACAUCAGAGUGAAGGCCUAGACGAUCACACAAAGAUUCCCCCGAUCCCACUUGCAAUCACACAUGUGUUCCAGAAAGAUGGUAGAUGGUACGGAGAAAGUCUGAAGGAUGCUGAUCUAUCACAGUAUGAGGAGGAAUACAUCGCGGCGCUAAGAGAGGAAAUGGAUUGGAAGGAAGACAGGUAG